CUCAUCAAACUGGUUCACGAUGGCCCACCGAACGAACGGCAUAACAAUUGGCAAACGCGUCCGCGUCCGUGUGGUAAACCUGUUGUUGUUGGGUGGCGGAAAAAUUCUUGAGCCGGAGAAAAAAGAUGCAUUAUAAAUAGGUCAGGUCCGAUAAAUCGGCACCUUAGUUCGAGCUGAGCGGAACACCGGGUAGCAUCGGCAUCCGAUAAUCCGGGGCAAACAAGUGAUCAUCAUGGUUUCAACGGUGGUGAGAAGUUCGUUGGUGGUUCUGCUACUGGUGAUCGGGGCGAUCUACGCUGCUCCACCGCAGAAGCCGUACGAAAAGCUGUCGGCACUGAAGGCCCGCUCCGAACAGCAGGCGGUGGACCGGAACGACAGUUCCGAGGCUUCCGGUUCGUCAGCCGAGCAAGACAGCGAGGAAACGCUGGAGAAAAUCCAGGCCAAAUCGGCCCAAUACUCCUACGACUCGUCGGUCAACGAUACGAUCAACGACCACACGAUCCAGCGCCAGGAGGAACGCAACGGGCUGUCCCUGAAGGGCAUGUACUCGUACAGCGAUGGAUUCUUCAAGCGCACGGUUCACUACGAGGCAGACGAUAAGGGCUACCGGGUGGUGAAGGAGAUCAACAUCCCGAUCGGCAACGGGCCACAGGUGAAUCCGAAGGGCAAGGCGGACGUUUCGUCCUCGCUGGCCGGCUCCUACUCCAUCACGGCGUACGAUAUUGCGAAGCCGCAGCGAAAGCAGGCCGUAGUGGCUCCGGCCGACGCCGACUCGAACGAAAGUGGCGCCGAUGACAAACAGAGUGCGUAGAGUGUCCAGUGCUCCUGCGAAUGUGGAUUAAAUCAUGUUAUUUAUCAACCUACUAGUGGUGUCUUUACUUAUGACCUGUGAAAGAAUAUACCGGACUUGAGUUUAGUGAUGAGUGUGAUCACACGUUGAAGCUUCAAGGUGGCCACCGAAUGGCCGAAAAGGACGGGGCAAACAAGUGAGCUCGAG